AAUUAACACAUUUAAAAAUCUUUGAAGCUUUUUGAGCAUCCUUGCAAAUAUUUCACAGACUGUGGUCGUUUGAUUAAUGAGGACCGAUUUAUAAGAACUGUUUAGAUACGUUUGUAGCAAAGCCUGGGAUACUUGGAUGGAGUAACAAUCCUACAAGGAUAGGAAGCAAGAUGAUUUUGGAAUCUCUCGCCGUCAUUCUUCUAGCAACACAAGUUCAGCUUUCGGCUUCACAAGACGCCCGCCCCCCGGCGGUUCCGCAGUCGCUGGACAAUUAUGGUGACAAUGCUUCUGAUUACAGUAUAAUGUACACCAGAAAUCUAGAAGAUGUCAUGAAUAGGUUCCAAAUAUCCAGGGCUGAAAUGGAGGAUAUGCUGAAAUCGUAUAUCGCUGGUGGACUCCCCACUAUAACAAAGACUGUGUUUAACCCGGACACAAAUCUUAAUGAGACAAUCACGCUCGACUUCAAAAGCUUCACAGAAGGGGAUUCAUUUCCCACUGGAGCGUCAGCUCGAGCUGAAUCCGAAAGAGUUGUUGGAACAAAUGGUGACCUUGGGAUCACACAUGCGCAUGACGUUCCGCAAGGAAUAGAUCAUUCUCAUGACGCUAUUGGAUCAGAGACAUUGAAUACGGAUUCAGUUACUAUCGCAGAUACAUCAGGGACCCCCCUUUCACUUGGAACUACUUCCGAUGAUUCGGUUUCUUCGCUUCAAGAAUUUUUGAAAGACCCUUCUCCCAUUGGACAGGACAUAAGACCACCUCCUUCUACGGAUGUCACAGCUUUGAGAGAGCUUGAGGCUAAAUUGAUUGAGGACCUAAAAUUACUAAAGCGUCGUCGCGAAGCGUUGAAAGACAGUUACGGAAGAGGAGAGAUAAAUCAGGAAAAUUAUCGCACUAAUGUAGAGAAUAAUGAAUUACAAUCACGUGACGCUUACGUAGUAUUACAACAAAUACAGAAUGCAAUUCGUGAGUACCUGGGACUUCCCACCCAACCAGCAGCAGCAUUCCGUCAUGUGACUUCAGAAGCAAUCCAGUCAGACACAACUGCAAAUGUGCAAACACAACUGUCGUCUGCGGAAAGCCAAACCUUGACCCCAGAAGAGGAGCUAAGUUUUAUACAGUCAGAAAUUGACGGGUUAAAGAAAGCUAACACUGACCUCCUGCAAGCUCUGCAAAGAUUACGAAUGCCGAAUGUACGCACACUCGGUGCUGAUACGGCCAGUACUAAGGAACUAUUAGUAGCUAAUGGUGGGACAUCUGCGCCAUCGAAUAGGUUUAUGGACACCGUCGACACAGGAAUGAUGGCACAUGGUGGUUCUGUUCCGACCAGUCAAUUUGAUGAUACCGUACGAUCUCCAUUUGAAAUUGACUUAAACCUAGGUGUUUCCGACUCAAUAAUGCCGUCACCUUCACCCGUUCCUGCCGUGUCUGGUUUUGAUUCCCGCUCCGACAGAUCACUUCCGUCACAAGAUCUUAGAAAUGAUGAUCAAACUAGUCUUCGCGUCUUUGACAAUGAACGUUCUCAAUUUCCAUACGUUAGAGGUGACUUCUUAAGCUCUGGCACAAAUGACCCAAGAAGAUCGCAACCGUUACCAGAUAGAAAUAACGUAAACGCAGGCAGAAGUGUUGGCGAUGAAAUUCAAAUUCUUAUGGAUGAAUACAAUGCAUUGAGUCAAAGAGAGGAAUAUAUUCUACGUAUGCUAAAUCGCAACAGACAAGAUCGUACAGCCACUGCUCGUAGAAGAAACGAAUUUACAAGCAGACCAGAUUUUAACGCUUUGCCAGGACACGAGUUUGCCAAUAAAUUGACCUCCUCUGAACCACAGAUGAGAAGAUAUUUUAGCCGUGUAGUGUCGCCUGUUGCUUCAUCUAGCGAUGUUGAUGAGACCAUGCUGAGGCCCCCAUUCCCAUCACCGUCCGUUAGUGAAAAUUCUCAGUCAGUUAUAGAGAGACCUGUUGUGAGAUCUAGAUUGCCAUCUGAAGCCUUAAAUGAUUUCACCCGCGUCGACAAUGCGCUUGUACGUCCAUCUGCUGAAAGCAGCGGUCAGUUUUUGAUGGAAAGAUCACUUGUAGGAUCCGGUGGCUCGGCUCCAUCCAUAGAUUAUAUAGAUGAUCAAACACCAAUAGACAAUAGACAAGUACGUCCAGCCGUGGAUAGAAGCGAUUUCGCGAAUCUCGGAUCACAGCAAAGAAAUCGGGAUAGGAAUUUGGUAUACAAUGACGGGACUAUAACUGUAGCUGCUGUACAACCUGUUGGGACUUUGGAGGGUGACGCGCCCGACCCUGCAACACCUGUGAGCGGAUUUUCGGCGGAAGCAGAUGGUCAACUACCACCUAGGAGAAAUACACUUUGGCGUCAAAACAGAAGAGUUCCGUUUAGAAAUCCGUUUGGUUCCAAUUUUGUGUCUAGAAAUAGUCUUCUUCUACGAAACGGUGGAGGGCGUGUCCUUCCACCACGGGUUGCACGCACGCAACCUAGACGUACUCAACGUAGACGACCUCUGAACUUAAUAUAAAGUUUUUAAGUGAUGUCAUGGAUAUUUAUUCGGUCUGGAGGUUUAGAAUUCGAUAGCUUAUAUUCCGAUCAUGCACUCCAUGCCUUCAAGUUCAAAAAAUUAUAACACCGUCUCCAACAUUUAUGUUAAGAAUUUGCAAAGAUAUAUGCAUAAGGUUUUUCACGCAGUAAUUGGUAGAUGGGUAUAUUUUCUUUAAUUGUUUUUACGUUAUACAUGGAUAUACGUUUGCAAAUAUAUUUUGAAGAGAAAAACAAUGUAUUGUGAUAAUAUUGUGUCAUUAAAAUGUUCUCAGUAAGAAAACCACAAAUACUUAGUAUAUCUUGCAAGUUACAUGAUACAUAGUCAGGUAUGUUGCACAUUUGAACUGUGUUGUAUUCCAGUUUCUUGAAGAAACGAUUAAAAAAGUUGUGAUAUAUUUUAUGCAUUUGAUAUGUUCCUCUAGACAAUGACAUGAAUGUACUUGUAAUUCGCCAUGGAAAAAGAAGUGUUUCAAACAUUGAGUACGAUAUUGAUGAUCAUCAAAUAAAAUUUUGCACAGAU